AAACAGCAUGCCAGCCCGAGCCCAUCCUAAACUACAACAAAGUGACACUAAAGCCUAAUGGGUAAUUAAUAAAAGGGAAGAAAAAAAAAGUUUAGCUAGGUUCAACUUUGACAGGAAAAUAAGCCAUUACUGUUUACUAGCAAUCAAUCAGAAAUAUACUGAUUGAUAUUGUAAUUUGCAAAUAGUAAAUUAGUUGUAAGAAUGCAAGGACAGACUAGCCUAUUGUCUAACUUAAAGCCUGCGUCCGACUAAAACAAAAAUAAAGAAGAAAAGCUUUAUCCUCUUGAUAAGACUUAUCAACAUCAGCCAAAUUUUUCAUUCGGUGACACUUUCUGGGAAAUGGAGGGGCUUCCGUUGCAAACCAUGUUCAAUUUCCUUUCAGUUGUCCAAUCUUCAAGCAAUAAGAGAAGUAGAGAUGCUAUGACAAUGAACUUGGAUGACAAUUUUACUUCACUACAUGUAAAAAGAAUGCCAAGGAGGGUGAUAUUGAAGUGUAUUGGGUUGAACACAGUUCUGCUAUGUAUUAGUAAUAAUCCUGUUCUUGCUGCCCCAAUGCCAGGGAUGGAAGAACCUGAAAUUAUUCGGACAUUGAAGUUUGAUAAUGGGGUGAGAAUUCGAGAAAUUGUUGAUGGAAAAGGUCAAGAAGCUCAUGAAGGAGAUGUAGUUGAAGUAAAUUAUGUAUGCCGCCGCUCAAAUGGCUAUUUUGUUCACAGCACAGUGGAUCAAUUCAGUGGGGAAAGCUCACCUGUCAUACUUCCUUUGGAUGAGAAUAGGAUCAUUAAAGGCCUGAAAGAAGUCAUAAUUGGCAUGAAGGUUGGAGGCAAGAGAAGAGCAUUGAUACCACCUUCUGUUGGAUACAUAAAUGAAAACUUGCAACCAGUCCCUGACGAGUUUGGCCCUCGACGAAGCCUCCUCUCUCAUGCAAAGGAGCCCUUGAUAUUCGAGGUGCAGCUCCUGAAAGUUCUUUGAGUUUUCCUGUGUGCACAUACUUAUGAAAAUUGUAUCUUUACUUUCACUACUUUUGUAAACAUGUAAACAAGAGCCAGGCAAUGGAUAUUCAUAUAGCUACUUAAUUCUUGAGAUUAAGAUUUAGUUAAGUUGUUGGAAACCCUUCAUUUGUUCCAUACAUGUUUAUAAAAUUCUGUGAUGAUAUAGAUAACAAUAUUGAUUCGUAAA